AUUUCCCCAUUUUCUCACUCUAAACUUUCCCAUUUUCUAUUCUCUCUCUCUCUCUCUCUAUUUCUCUCUCUAGAAUUAUGGACUCUUCAAUUGCCAAUGUUCAGCAUGUUCCUAGAAAGUCCUCCGACGAGCUUUUGAGGAAAUUUGCCGAGGUGGGGUCGGAGUCCGACGGCGGAAGGAGGCUGUCGACGGUGGUGAAGAGGCGGAGGAAGAGGGUUAAUGAGGAGUGCGAGAGCCCCUCCUCCGGCGGCGGAGUGGUGGAGCGGAAAUGGCUGAUUUCGCCGGUGGGGAGGAAGUCGGUUGUGUUGAAGAAAGUUGGGAUUGGAAAUGGAAGGUCUCAGCAGCUGAGGAUUAGAGAUUUUAGAAACAAAUCUAUUCUUGGAGCAAUUCAAAAGACUUGGCGAAGAACAGUGGAAGGAGCAUCAAAGGUUUUAUUAGAGAAACAUUACAACACUCACAGACGUUUGAUAAGUGACAUUGUCUGAUUUUCUUUUUCUUUUUCUUUUUUUUUUCUCUUUCUUUACUGGCCAUUAUUAAAUUAUUAGAUGUGGCUGAAAUCUCCAUUUUACCCUCCUUAUUAUCUUUAACUUGAUGCUAUUUUUCAAAAAAUUAUUUAUCAUUUUUUUUUUCCAGUUUAGGAAGCUUAUUGUGUGCUUCAUGGAAAAAUAAAGUAACUCAAAGCUAUGUUUAUAUAUUGAUGUAUUAAAUUUAAUUUGAAAACUGUCUAAUAAAUUCACACUUACACUUUUUAUG